CGAACGGAAGCUAAGAAUUCCGGGUUCGCCUCCAGGACUGUGAACACACCAAAGUAGCCGUUGGGAUCGAACCUUAUAGUUUCCAGUCAGUAACGGUUCCGUUAAAUGUCAGAAGAUUCGUUUUUGUUCCCGAUUUCUCCAGCUAAACAUUAAAAUGGCCGAAGUUGAUGAAAUAGUGAAGAGGCUCCAGGCUCAAAAAGGAGUGGAAGGAGUCAUCAUCGCUAAUUCUGAGGGAAUUGCCAUCAGGUCCACUCUGGAAGACCAGCACACGGUCCAGUAUGUGGCGUUGAUCCAACCCCUGCUGGUGAAGGCCAAGAAGAUGCUUCUGGAAAUGGAUCCCUCGGACGACUUCACCUACCUGCGGGUCCGCACUGAGAAGAACGAGAUCAUCAUCACUGCAGAUAAGGAAUAUUUCAUGGUUGCGAUCCAGAAGCCUGCACCCUGAAGUUGCUUCUUCUUUUUCAAUCUUUAAUCUUUAUUGAAAGUUUAUAUUUUAUCAUCCACACCAACAAUAUUCAAUGUUUCUUUAAAGAUGGUACAUCUUGUUUGUCCCAGGUUCUUGUUCUAGUUUGCUUUGCAGCGAUUAAUAAAUUUUGCUCCCAGA